AUGGAUAAUGAACAAGGUUGGGUACCAAGCAAUUAUUUAGAAGAGGUCAAACCCGCACCCGUACCUACAAGACGGAAUAAACCACCACCACCUACAAUACCUACUCAAAAGCAGCAACCUGAGAGAGCAUCAACAUAUGAAAGAUCUUCAAGUGGUGGCGUGAAAGGAAAGUAUGGAGGUGGCGGUGGUGGAAAUAACGCGCCUGUUGCAGUAUUUCCAGGGAUGAUGCCAGUUAGUCCUGGAAGUGUGCCACCUUGGAAGGCAGCUUUAGAAGCCAAGAAGAAUGCGGCUAAGGCAAAUUCUACUGGAGAAAGUGAGUCAGACCACCCUGCCAAAUCCGUAAGGUCAGGAACAGCUGAUCGUAAACCACCGCCUGCCACGGCCAAAAAACCAUUUAUUCCACCCAAACCGACAACUUCUAGUAAUCGACCUGUUGCACCUCCGAGACCUGGCACUACAGGAUCAAAACUUAAACAAAAGAAUAAAUCUCAAUCUGACGAAGAGGAAGAUUGGUAA